AUGCGCGCGUUCGAUAUUGCAGGAAAUGGAGAAAAUGCGGCCGAUUGGGAAAUCGAGCCUCAACUAUCGGAUCCAGCGGAUGAUUAUAAUGAACAUCACCACUUCGCACCGCCGUUGUCGGCACGAAUCACAACUAGAGGAUUGAAGUUGGGCAUGGGAGAGCCCGGAUGGGCGCGGAAGGCAAAGUUCUAUGAGCUCUUCUCUAAAGCUGUAGAUUCCCGAUUGAGUAGAUCCGAGAAUGCUCGAUUCCUGGAACGAUUUCGCUAUGUGAUUGUGGCCUCGCAACUCCUGAACGAGCAUGUCAACGUCUCCCACUACGACCGCAAAUCUGGGGAAGUCGCACCCUCUCUCGACGAAGAUGUCUCCUCCCAUAUGUUUGCUUCCCAGUACGCAAAGAGUCGAUACUGGGCUGGUAGUGGAGGGUUCGUUCUCGCAAUUUCAUUACUACUGGCAUGGGUUUUGAGGGGUGGUAAUGGAAGUAGCGGGAUAGGAAAAGGGCGGGCAAUCGCAGCGCUGUUGCUCUCCGUGAUGGUGGCCAUAUUCCUGUUUGCCCAUGCGAGGCGGACGUGGUUGCGUUCACUAAGGUCAAAGGCAAUCGAGUUUGCGACAGUGUUUGUGCAGAAUAGUCAGUCGUUCGAUGUGCUAGCCUCAAACGCCGUCACACUGAUCCAGGAGGUCGAGUUGGUCUCGAGGGGAUAUAGGCUUAGCACGCCUCUGCCGCCCAUCACUAGAUUGGAGAGAGAUAGUCAGACACGACGAUGUGCCCGGCUUCGGCGCUCAAUUCUGUCCGCACUCACAUUGGGGAUCCCUCCCCACAUUGGGGCGUGUAAAUCUCUCCGCAAUCUUACUCAGGAAGUAGACCUGGAGAAAUAUUAUGAUAUAUACGAUAUCCAAAGAGAGGACAUGGGGAACAUGGAUGUAGGCAUCAACAAAGACGAUUUUGAGGACAUGGAGAGCUUGAAGGCUUUGAAGAGCUUACUACACCGGCUUCAUACUAUCCGCCGGAUACUGCUGUGUUGUUUUUUAGCAGUUGAUGCUGACGGUGCUCACCCGGAUUACAAUAAAUGGCGUGUGGUUGUUGAGCAAUUGCAAGCUCUGGGAAAACUAAUGGGUGAACUUGGGGCCGAGUUGAAGCGAAUACUUAGCGAAGAACAAGAAUUCAUAAUCCCUCCGACCCCCAAACUAACUACCAACACCGUCGAAAACGAGCGCUACCGUGGCCAACUCCGUAAGCUUAAUUCCCUCUCUCAGGCCCUCCGCGGCCUACAGGCCAAAAUGCACGUCUUGCGAGAAGAAUCCGAUCGCAACUCCCGCGACUCGCAAGACUUCAGCGACUUUGCCCCAGAGCUCAUCGCACACUACGACUCGAUUGGCUCAGAUUUACAUGCACUGGUAAGCGAAUGGGAGGACGGCCGUUCCUUCCUCGCCAUGAACCUCGACCGCAACUCACCGCAGACGAAGUCCCCAGAGUCCCUCAGUGGUGCUACGCUGGUUGGUGAGACACCAAGGAACUCAAUGACCUUCAGUAAGGACACCGAUGCCCUGGGACUGGGCCUGUAUACACCCCCAUCGGCGUCAACAGAGGAAGAGCACGAUGUUGAGGAAGUCUACGAAGCCGUAUCGGCGCCGCGGCCAAGGAGCAUGAUGACGAGGGAGGAGCGGAUCCUGAAAGUGGCCGAAGAGAGAACGAGGGCACUGGAGCAGAAGAAGAGGGUUGAGGCAGGACUAGCACUACAGAAGGAACUUCAGUCGGUACUAGUCAAGAGGCCGCCAGCGAGAAAGAGGAUCAUGAGUCGUAAUUUGAGUGCGUAA